AAACGUAACCGUUCUGGCAGUGGUGUUCGGGGUACACCCUGCAACAUGAAACUGGUUGUGCACUCUGUACUUGCUGACGAAACUUCCGCGUGGUCAUGUGAUGGUGCUAAUGUGUAUGACUCAAAGCUUCUGAUUGCACCUGUUUACAUCCUUACCUAUCAUGAUGUCGAUUCCUGUGGCAGUGGAUCUUGUGAUCAAGUUAGGGGGCAGUGCAAUCACAGAGAAGUCACUGCCUGAAACAUUCAAGGAAGCUGCCAUAAGAGAGUCAGUGAAACUAGUCAAGCUGUGUGUGAACAAAGGACUAAAAGUUGUAGUCGUACAUGGUGCAGGGUCCUUUGGCCAUCAACAGGCUAAAGAGUAUAAGGUUACAGGAGGAUGGAUGAGGGACAGUGGUGGGUCACAGGUCAAUUAUGGCUUCUCACUGACUAGAGUUUCAUGUAUGAAGCUCAAUGCCAAAGUAGUGGAACAAUUGACUGAUGAAGGAUUACCUGCUGUAGGGUUGUCACCAUGUGGCAAUUGGACAACCCAAGAUGGAAAGGUGGUACAGUCUGGAGUGUCAGCUGUGAGCAGUUUCCUGGGGGCGGGGUUUGUUCCUGUGUUACAUGGAGAUUGUGUGCUGGACACAGUCACAGGCUGCACCAUCUUGAGUGGUGAUACUGUUAUUAAGACACUUUGUAAGGAGCUGGCAGUGGGGAAAGUUGUCUUCUUGACUGAUGUAGCUGGGAUUUAUGACAAACCUCCACAAGUGCCUGGUGCCAAAUUGAUACCAAAUAUCAGGGUGGAUGAAAAUGGAAAGAUUGUACAACAGAUAACAACAGAUGCACUAAGCUGUGAUGUCACAGGAGGUAUUGAACUUAAACUAAGCUCAGCAGUGGAAAUUGUUUUACAAAGUAAGGGAACAGUACCAGUGUUUAUAUGUCAGGUUGGUUCUAAGGCAGCAGAGAACAUAUGCAUAGGUGGAGAACAACUUGCUGUGUUUGAAGAAGGUACAGUUGUAACUUUAUGCAGGGAAAAUUAGCUGUUUAGUAGAAUUUGGUUCAGGUUCUAUUUAUUUAUAUGUACAAGAUAUAGUGUAUUUUUUUUAAUAAAAUAUUUUAAAUUUG